CCCUGCGCGGAUACCGUAAUUUUAGCUGCUGCUAGUACUCAUAGUACGAAUGUUCUUUUUAUAUAGUUUUGUCCAGAAUAAUUACAUGUUUGAUAUAUAUGCAUAUAUACAUGUUAGUCAAGAUGAGAAUGCGAUCACUACUGAUUUGUCUUUUUAAAGUAUAAAACCAGAUUUUUUGCCGAUUUAAUAGUGACAAUUAGCAUGAGUGCUACUAAGUCACCAAAGCUACAAACAUAAAUGUGGGAAUGUUAGUGUUAAUACGUCGUGUUCGAACUUUACAAGGUGACAUUGCACAAGUUUGAACACAUUAGGCUGCACUAUGGGGAAGAGAUACUACUGUGACUAUUGUGACCGGUCCUUUCAGGACAACAUGCACAACAGGAAGAAACAUUUGAAUGGUGUUCAGCAUCACAGAGCUAAAAAGGCCUGGUAUGACAAUUUUAGAGACACUGCAGCCAUUCUGCAUGAUGAGCAAACCAAGAAACCCUGCAGAAAAUUUCUCCAGAAAGGGAUUUGUGAUUUUGGUCCAAACUGCAGAUAUUCUCACAUGUCUGAAGAAGAUUUGUGCAACUUACAGAGACAGGUGGAAGAUGAAAGACACCACAGAGAGGACUCAGAGGACAGUAAGAAGCCUCAGCGAAAUAUAGAUGAAUGGCUUUCCAGAAGGGAGAAGAAGCUGGCGGCCCUAAUUAGCAAGGGAGAUCCAAAAAUUAGAGAGGACAGUGAAGAUGAGCAAACAGAAAGUGAGAUCCCUCAACAGCUCCUGGCUUUCCCUGACCUUCCACCAUCACUUUUGCCUCCUCCUCCAGGUGGAUGGAAAGUCAGAGUGACAACUGAGUGGGGUUGAGAUAUUCCCAUUGUGCUCCAAAUUACUGUCAAGCAAACUGACAAUGUGACAUUAAUAGAAAGUAGGAAUGUUACAGAAUGAGGCUCUUAAGACAUAGUGUCACCUUUGUACUUGAAGCCUUCAAAUGGUGAUCUCUGUUGAUUUUUCGAAGAUCAUUAAUGCUACUUCUUAUUUUGAAUGGAAGACAUUAUUUUGCAAACCAAUAAGCAUAUUUUGUACAACAGUGUUUCUUUUUUACAUUUUGCUAAAGAUGCUAAGUUAAGUUGGCUCCCAAAAGGACACAGGUACAGAGUAUGACUGAGCAAAGGAACUCAACUCAUUUACUGGAAAAUGGGAACUAACUAAUGUUCACUAAUGCUUUUCUGUCGGACUUCAAGAUGUGUGUUUCUCAUUUUCUUUACUCAAACAAAAUGAGAAUAUCGUGUUUUCUUUCUUAGUUUUACAUUGAUAAACAGAAAACAAACA